UCUCUAUCGCUCCAGGGACACUCGGAGUCUUUUCUUUCAGAAGAGGGGCUGGAGCAGAGAGACCGCGCUGAGCUUGCAAUGGUCGAGUGAGAGGGAAAGAGGAAGGCGACGGAGAGCGGCUAGGGGUGGGGGGAAAAGGGUCUUCAGCUCUGGACCCAGAUUCCCAAGAGUUAAAUCCCACCGCGCAGCCUGACCUGAUGGGAUUUCCUUCUGGGAACAAAACGCAACGCUGAUCAAAAUCAAGUUGGACAAGUGACAAGACUGAGUCUGAUGUUGGUGGACGUCUUUUAACGUCGUAGGAGGGCAGACGACCGGAGACAGUGCGCUGGGGGUAGCUGGAGAGAAGCACUGAGCCCAGGGAAGGGACAUAAAGGGACACGCAGCCGGGAAACGGGGACAAAUGAGCAGGGGAAAAGAGAGUGGAAGAGCUGAAUAAAACGGCGCCGCGAUCCCACCGGCGGCUGCGGCGGGGCGGGAAGCCAUGGAGCCGCGGGCGCUCGUCACGGCGCUCAGCCUCGGCCUCAGCCUCUGCUCCCUGGGGCUGCUGGUCACGGCCAUCUUCACCGACCACUGGUACGAGACCGACCCCCGGCGCCACAAGGAGAGCUGCGAGCGCAGCCGCACCGGCGCCGACCCGCCGGACCAGAAGAACCGCCUGAUGCCGCUGUCGCACCUGCCGCUGCGGGACUCGCCCCCCCUGGGGCGCCGGCUGCUCCCGGGCGGCCCCGGGCGCGCGGACCCAGAGUCCUGGCGCUCGCUGCUGGGGCUCGGCGGGCUGGACGCCGAGUGCGGCCGGCCACUCUUCGCCACCUACUCGGGCCUCUGGAGGAAGUGCUACUUCCUGGGCAUCGACCGGGACAUCGACACCCUCAUACUGAAAGGUAUUGCGCAACGAUGCACAGCUAUCAAGUACCACUUCUCUCAGCCAAUCCGCUUACGAAACAUUCCUUUCAAUUUAACCAAGACAAUACAGCAGGAUGAAUGGCACCUGCUCCAUUUGAGAAGAAUCACUGCUGGCUUCCUGGGCAUGGCGGUGGCUGUGCUGCUCUGCGGCUGCAUUGUGGCCACGGUCAGUUUCUUCUGGGAGGAAAGCCUGACCCAGCACGUGGCCGGCCUCCUCUUCCUCAUGACAGGGAUAUUUUGCACCAUUUCCCUCUGCACUUACGCUGCCAGCAUCUCCUAUGAUUUGAACCGCCUCCCAAAGCUAAUUUAUAGCCUUCCCCGUGAUGUGGAACACGGCUACAGCUGGUCUAUCUUUUGUGCCUGGUGCAGUUUGGGCUUUAUUGUGGCAGCUGGAGGUCUCUGCAUCGCCUAUCCAUUUAUUAGCCGGACCAAGAUUGCGCAUCUAAAGUCUGGCAGGGACUCCACGGUAUGACUGUCCACACUCAAGCUCACUGCUCGGUGGCCCGUCCACAGUGCGGACAACUCCUGAGGGGAACAGAGCACAGUUCGCAUCAGGAUCCCAAGCACAAAGCGGUCUUUUACAUUCCAACCGGAUGCCUGCCAGCCCUUUCUGGAUGACUGAUAGAAAAUCAUGCAAAACCUCCAUACCUUUCUUAGGACAAGACUACUGUGGAUUCAAGUGCUUUAAUGACUAUUUAUGCUUUGACUGUGAGAAAUGGGAGCGGUGCCAUGAGACAUUUCUAGGUUUAGGGAAAAAAAGAGGAAAUUGCAAUGGAAAACUUUGUAUGGUUGCCAUUUAUUUCAGCAAGUUUGUGUAUAACGCCUACCUGAGAGUCAUUUCUAGUUGCAAAAGGAUUCGUAACAAAGCAAGUAUAAUUUCCUUGUCAUUGCACCAUGCUUGUUAAAUUUCAAUGCAGCACCUUCAGAACUUGUCCUAAUGGUGUCUCCUGUCAGCACCCACUGUCUGUUUUUGUGACCGUUUCGUGUCACAGGAAGAUUCUUCUUCUGUUGCCUUAUUUAUUUUUUGAAUUGAAGUCUCUUCUCCGUCUUUGUACUGGAACCAAAAUCACAAGGAACACAGACCAACCGUGUAAGAGCUAAUCCGUGACACUAUGCAGUACUGUUUGAAGUCCUAUCUGUUGUCCACCCUCUGUCUCUUUAUGUUAACUGGAUUUCCCCAUUAAACGACUGGCCCCUUGUUAA